AUGAAAAGCGCAGAAUAUAUAAAAGCUAAUAAUGACUGGUUAGAUGCCCAAGCCAACGCCAAAGCAGCCCAACUUAUAGGGUCAAUAAGGACAAAAAUACAAGCGGAUGAAGACAGUUCAAAUGAAGCUUUAAUGAAUGCUGACUUUAAGAACGCCUUCGAAGCUCUUCAUAGUAAGGUGAAACUAGUGAACGACUUCUCAUCUGGAAAGAAACUGAAGUCUGAAGGUUUCGACAAAGAGUUAAGAGAAGUAGCACAAAAUAUGACGAAAAUAACAGAUGCAGCAACGAGACAGGCAGUUCAAAGUGCCUAUGACGCCGUUAGAGCAACUGUUGUGGAAAGUCAAGAAAAAGAGUUACAACAGACCAAAACAGACCUAGUAAAUGCUUUCUUAAAAACGAAAAGUCAGGUAGGACAUUAUGCUGCAGAUGGAACAUAUGUGCCAGCUGGUGGAACUUAUAUACCAGCUGGUGGAACUUAUAUACUAGCUAGUGGAACUUAUAUACCACCAAACCCUCCAAGAGAAGCACCUGCACCAGGACUACCUAAAACAUUUACAUCGUCACAUGGACACAGACACAGGCAUGCACCAAAACCAACACAACAACCAACAGUUCAAAAUCCAGCACAACAACCAACAGUUCAAAACACUGCACCACAACCAACAGUUCAAAACACUGCACCACAACCAACAGUUCAAAACACUGCACCACAACCAACAGUUCAAAACACUGCACCACAACCAACAGUUCAAAACACUGCACCACAACCAACAGUUCAAAACCCUGCACAACAACAACCACAAACAGAGCAAGGACAUAAAAGAAGUAGAGAACAAGGAAACCAAGAAUUCUUAAAAAUGCUUAAGGAAAAUUAUGGUUACCCAGAUACUCUUGACUUUAGUGACAGAUAUAAAGAAGCUAUUAGAAAGUUCAAGGAAGGAAAUACUGACCCGAACCUAUUUAGCUUUAUGGUUCAGCACCAAAUGGGAUAUAAUUUCAAACCUGGAAAAUACAAGCUCGCUAAGGGAUAUGAUUUAAUAGCAUAUCAUCCAAAUGACAUGAUGAAUUUACUCCGAGAUAUUUGGU